AUGGAAGCUAUGCUUGCAAACCUUUGCAAGGAGUCUGAAGACAUGAAAAAGUUCAGGGAAGAAGUGAGAGGUAGUAUAAAAAGCCAAGGGGAGGUUCUUAAGAAUCUUGAAUCUAAGGUAGGACAUCUUUCACAGCAAACUCCGAAAUCCACUGAUAGUUUUCCAAGUGACACUGAGAAAAAUUCAAGAGGGGAACUAAAGAAAGUAAGGUGGGAAGAAUGCAAGUCAAUCAAUCUAAGCAGUGAAGAAGUUCUGAAGGAAGAAUGUUCCAAACACUCAGAGCAUGAUGAAGGAAAGUCUAGGAAGAAUGUAAGGGAGAUAGAAGAAAUGGCUAGCCUUGAACAGAGGAAGGAACAAAAAGAGAAAGAAGUCCUCAAGCCUUUUGUGCCACAAGCACCAUUUUCCCAGAGACUAAGGGAAAGUGAGGAAGAAAGGUCAUAUUCAAGAUUCCUAGAUAUGUUUGCAUCUCUCAGUGUCAAUAUUCCCUUUAUCAAAACUCUCCAACAGAUGCCUACAUACAUCAAGUGCAUGAAAGAGCUACUGACUAAGAAAGGAACCUUAAAAGGGGGACAAAUAGUGACAAUGAACAAGGAAUGUAGUGCACUCAUUAAGAAGGAUAAGCAGGCCGAAGGAGUUAUUGAAAAUGUAUUGGUAAAGGUAGAAAACUACUUCCUCCCCACUGACUUUUUUGUUCUGGACAUGGAAGAAAGUUACCUUCAUCCCAUUAUUCUGGGGAGACCAUUUCUAGCCACUGCUAGAGCCCUGAUAGAUGUGGAACAAGGAGAGUUAAUCCUGAGAAUACAUGAUGAACACCUCACCUUCCAUGCUUUCAAACCUACAUCUGAGUCUGAGCCAGAACCUAUAGAGUCAAAGGAUGAUCACAGCAACAUGUGCACCAAGGAAAAAAGCAACAGUGAAUCAGCAGCUGAACCCCUGAAACAGUCCUUGGUGAACAAUCAAGAAUUUCAAGAGAUACAGCAACCGACAGAACUCAAGAAAGAACUGAAGCCAUAA